UAAAAUCCUUGGCCAACUCUGCGCGGCAUCGUUUGUAUCUUCGGAUACCAACGUCCUUAGCAACGUAGAGAACGUUGAAUGAUGGUGUCGCUCGAGUGUUAUGUAGCCUGUACAGUUGGUUGAGCGAGUACUUGAUCCUGGGUAACGAACGGUUGUUCUAUUCACGUCACAGUCAUGCAAGCACGUAAAUACUCGCUCUUGUGUUAAGUGACCUUGUCACAGGUGAAAGUGGAACCAGAAAAUGGUCGUAAUUACGCAUCAGAGUUUGUGUUUGAUAUAUGACUGCACGUAGGUAUAGACAUAUACAGAGCGUGUGUAGAAAAACAAUAAAUUGACGAAUAUCAAUGACUUAAUUGUUCAAAUAAUUCACACAACCAUGAUUACUACCACCAAAGGUAUUCACAUUGCAAAGUCAUGUGAAAUCAAGACUCACGAAAUCAUGCUAACUACGGUGAAAAUCAGAGCUCAACUUUGUCUGGCGGCCGAACAACAUCCUCACAUUGUUCUUAUGAAUGUAAUCUACUUUAUUUGUAGGGUUUCCUAGGCGAUAAGUAUGGUUUCCGGCCACUCAACGCCACCAUUUCCUCAGACAUUUUCGCAAAGCUCAUGGAUACCGUCUCGAAAGAUGAAAGCACGAGCAAGGAGGAUGUAGAUCUCAUCAGGAAAUGGUAUGUGGAGGACACCAAUGCCAUCCCGCCAGUCUACGUUCUCCAGCCAAUCACUGUUCACCUUCCUAACUACUGCGACUCCAGUGAUGUCCAGAAGCAGAAUGCGGCAAGGCAGAUGUGGUGGGAGGUCUUUGAACGGAUGAGGAAAGUGUUUGAUUCAGCUGCCAAAUUGGCAAGACAGGAGGGUGUCUUUAGUGCAGAUGAAAUGCAUGAACUUAUAAUGUCCGUAACUGAAGAUGAGAUUCGUCAUGGUUUGAAGGACAACACCAACAUUGGUGAUACCUGUAUCUUCUUCACAAGGGACUUCAAGGGUAUGGAGCCGGCUUUUAAGCAGAAAGCAACUUUGUCCAUGUUCACUGACAUUCAGACUGAUGAUGACAAUGAAACCCUUGAGUUUGUGGAUCAUUCCAAGACCUUGCUCACAAGACUGAAGAAGGAAUACAUCCCCAGUGUGGUCCCAGCAGAAGCACUCAAUAGCUUCACUCUACCUUGGUGUGAAAAGGGCAUUGACCCCAUCGGUUGCCCGGAGCAUGCAGAGUACCUGGGACAGAUGUGUGAGAUCUUUGAAAGUAGGAUGAAGGCUAUGAUAGAUACGAAGCUGGAAGAUCAACGGUCAAAGUUUGUAGAUCCAGUGAAAAGUGAAUUACAGAGAGAGCUUCUUCAUCAUGCAUCCUUUUGUAAAACAAAAUGCAGUGCCUUCCAAGGUAGAGAAGUUAUAUUAGCAUCCAUCAGGUCUUACCUAUCUUCAAACCUGUCCAAGCCCCUGGUCGUCCAUGGUAUAUCAGGAUUCGGCAAGACGUCUGUCAUGGCCAUGGUUGCAAGGCACUCAAGAGAGUGGAUAGAAGGAUGUAUCACUGUCCUAAGAUUCCUUGGGACAUCAGGCAACAGUUCAACCAUCCAUGCCACAUUGAAAAGCAUGUGUAAACAGAUUUGCUUUGCUUACGGUGCCCCGCAACCCUCAUCCGAUCAUUCAGAAGACUUUUCAGAACUGGUGCAGCUUUUCAAUAACUUGAUCGAAACACUUCCAAGCAAAGAUAAACCUCUAUUGCUGCUUUUCGACGGUAUUGACCAGCUCAGUUCAAACAACAAUGCCCACAAGAUGAACUGGCUUUUAAAGUCUUUACCAAAAAAUGUCCAUGUUGUGGUGUCCAUGCUGCCCCAGGAACACAACAUUCUAGACAACAUCAAGAAGACCCUGACAGACCCCAGUUGCUACAUUGGCAUGGAAGUUGUAGGUGAAGAGAAUGGCAUUGCUAUCAUGGCUGGCUGGUUGAAGGAAAGAAAACGAAGGCUGAAUGAGGAACAAGUGAGAGUGGUGAGGGAGGCUUUCAGGAAGUGUCCUCAGCCACUCUAUCUGAAGCUUCUCUUUGAGGAAUUUGUAAAAUGGCCAUCGUACAAGACAGUAGCAGAUAUCAAGCUUCCUAUCACUGUAGUGGAUGCUAUCAACAACCUGUUUCAAGAACUAGAAGAGCAUCAUGGGCUUAUCUUUGUAGCACAUGCGCUCGGUUACCUGACUGCAGGAAAGAGUGGUCUUACAGAAGCAGAGAUAGAGGAUGUCCUUUCUUGUGAUGACAAAGUCCUCAAUGACGUCUAUCAGUACUGGGAUCCUCCAGUAGAAGGGGCUGUUCGCAUUCCACCAUCAGUCUGGAAGAGGUUGUAUCAAGACAUUGAGGAGUUCAUCACGGAAAAGCAGGCUGGUGGCAAGACGGUGAUUGCUUGGUACCAUAGGCAGUUCAUUGAAACAGCUGAAAAGCGUUUCCAUGGUGAUCCAGAGACCAAAAUGGCCAGACACAAAGUUCUUGCAGAUAUGUUCCUUGGAGAAUACAGCAGAGGUAAAAUCAGGCCAAUUCGACUCGAGAAACGCAAUAAGGAUUUCCACAAUGCAGACCGUCUUGUCUCACCGCAACCCCUCAUGUUUGGAGAGAGUGCCUUCAAUCUCAGAAAGCUGCAUGAGCUUCCUUUCCAUUUGAUGCGAUGUGAGAUAAUGAAUGGAGUCCCUGAAGGUAUGGUGCAGCAUAUCAUGUACAACUUUGAGUGGAUUCUGACCAAGUUAAGAGCCUUCAACUUUCUGGAACUUGUCAAUGACUUUUCAAAAUUUGAUGAAGAAAGUGGCAUCCUUCUUGAGGCCUUGUACUUGUCUGGAAGUAAUCUGAAAGAAGACCCUUUCUGCUUAGCAGGCCAACUUCUUGGGAGGAUGUAUGAUCUGAUGGACAAUUACUCCAACAUUAGAAAAUUGCUUGGAGAAGCCAAGGCAUGGGUGAGGACUACCCAUCAUUCUUUGAUCAUUCCUAGAGGAGCAUGUCUGAUCCCCCCAAGAGGACAGUUGAAGACAUCAUUGGCCGGUCACCCAUCCAGAGUAGAGGCUAUUGCUUGCACUGGCAAAGGAGAUGUCAUUGUAACAGUCUGCAAAGACUCCAAUGGCUACCCUAUGGCUAAUGUUUGGGAUGAAGAAAAUACAGAGCUCAUACACACUCUACGAGUCAAAGCAGGAAGCAAAGCAUCUGGGGCACUGUCCCUCGCCAUCAGUCAUGAUGAUACGUUUGUCAUCUUCGGCUGUCAGGUGUUGGGAAUGUUUGAACUCACCAGUGGGGAGUGCAUCUGGAAACUUGAGACUGGUGAAAACCACGCUAUCAGCUCCCUUCAGAUCCACGAAGAUGGAGCAUUAGCCAUUGGUGGAUCAGAAAAAGGGUCAAAUGUCUGUAUCUGGGACCUCCAUCGUGGACAGCUUCUCGCUAAGCUAGAACAUCCCAAAAUUGCUAACUUUGCAUUCUUUGAAGGUGAUGCUGAGGUGUUAACUGGUUGCCAGGAUGGUUUCUUCAGGCAAUGGUCCAUUACAUCCAAAGAAUGCCUUCAUUCAUUCCAAGCUCACAAGGAAAAUGACAUGAAAGUAGUUGCCCAUGCCAGGUCCAUCCAAACCAUUGUAUCAGGUGACAGCAAUGGAUCCAUCAGGAUAUCAAGGUAUGCAGACAAACCAAGUGCCCAGAGCAAGGUCCUGGCAGGUCACAGGAAGGCUGUCACUUGUCUUCUAGUGUUAUCUGAUCAUUUACUUGCAUCUGGGUCAGCAGAUUUUACUGUUCGUGUCUGGAACAUGACAGAGGGCACAGCUGCCUUGAACUGUAAAGGUAUGUCUAAAGCGUGUAUUGAUCAAAUGAUAGGAUGA